CGGUCCCUCCCCUCUUGCUACACUCAUCUGUUCUGUCUGAAGGUGCCAGAUGCAGCCAAAAGAGGGAGAGAGACGCAGCCAGAUGACUCUCACCACUUCUCUCUUCAGAAGGACUUCGUGGUGGAGUCUGGAAACAUCCCAAGCCAAAGAGUUGUGGCAUUCCAUGACAAGAUGGAUGUCGUGAGGCCUGAGGGGGGUUGUGUUUCGCCCUCAGGCGGUGCUGCCAGGCCUUGGUCCACACAGUCCGCAGUGGGGUGGUAGGAUGUGUGAGGGGGAAAGGACCCCAUGGUUCCCAAAGAUGGAGCUCGGUAACUUCAGUGCUCAGCUGGGCUCCUGCUUCCACGGGAAGAACAUCAGCGGUGAUCUCCAGAACCACCUCACCUCGCCGUGGUUCUCCACCAUCUUCGGCCUCAUUGGCCUCUGCUCCAACCUCUUCGCCUUCUGCGUGCUGGUCAACUCUUCGCGCAAGAUGCACAGCCGCGCCCGGUCCUCCUUCCUGGUCUUCCUGUGCGGCCUGGUGGUGACAGACUUCAUGGGCCUUCUGGUCACCGUCUGCAUUGUGGUCCCCUACCACUUCACCAAGUUUGAGUGGAGGAACGUGGACCCCGGGUGCCACCUCUGCAACUUCAUGGGCCUUGCCAUGAUCUUCUUUGGACAGUGCCCGCUCUUGCUGGGCGCCACCAUGGCGGGGGAGCGCUUCCUGGGCAUCUACCGGCCCUUCUCCCGCUCUGUCAACAUGUCGAAACGCCGGGCCUGGAUCUUGGUGUGCUUAGUGUGGGCCCUGGGGUUUUUCCUGGGCCUACUUCCGAUCCUGGGCCUGGGGGAAUACAGUCUACAAUUCCCCAACUCCUGGUGUUUUCUCACACUGCGCCAUGACGCCAAGAACGUGGCCUUCUGCCUCAUCUUCGCCCUGCUGGGCAUCUUCUGCGUGGCCUUCUCCUUCUUCCUCAACACGUUCAGCGUGGUGACGCUCUGCCGGGUCUACCACGACUCUGAGUCUGUGCAACGGCGAAGGGACAGCGAAGUGGAGAUGAUGGUCCAAUUGCUGGGGAUUAUGGUCAUAGCCAGUGUCUGCUGGCUCCCCCUGCUGGUAAUUCCCAACCUGGAGGGGGCAACUAUGCUCACCCUCUGCCCCCAAUAUUGCAGUCACCAGGGGGGCAGGAAAUGA